GGGAGCUUUACCUGCUGGAAAACGGAUCCACUUACACAUCUAGAUGUGUAUAAGAGACAGGAGAGAGAGAGAGAGAGAGAGAGAGAGAGAGAGAGAGAGAGAGAGAGAGAGAGAGAGGAUGGAGGGGUUAUGUGGAGGUGAAAAGAAGAAGAAUGUGGGAUGGGAUGGGAAGAAAGGCGGGGAAGCGGAGGGGGAGGAGACAGUGGGGGGCAAGUGGGGAAAGGAGCAAGAGGAUGCAGCGAUGGCGUCGGAGAAGAAGCGGAUCCAAGCCGCCGGAGAGUCGGCGUUUCUGGCCGACCUGCGCGACUUUUUGGCCAAGCGCAAUGAAGGGGUAUCUGUGAAAGCCUUCCCGCCAAUGUGGAGGGGCAAGCCGCUCGACCUGUACGGACUAUACCGGUGUAUCAUCGAUCAAGGAGGGGUGGAAGAGGUCGUGAG